CACCGUUGACACAAAAUGUAAACAACAACACUUGCGGUUCGGAUCAGUUGCUCUUCUCGUUUCUUUCCUUUGCGUUCUUAAAAAACGGUAUUCCAUCGGUCGUGAUAACGCAUCAAGUUGCUUGUGAUUAGUCCACUCAAACCCUCCGACCAGCCUUAUCAUUCGUGUGUCACCAUGCUUCAGCCCAAAGUUCUAACUUCCGUUCUGAGCCAGGCGAAUACGGGAGGCGUCGAAAACACGAUCCUGCUCACACACGAAGGAGCACUGCUGGCGUUUUCCGGCUUCGGCGACAAGGACGCCACGGUCACAGCGGCGAUCGCGAGCAACAUCUGGUCCGUUUACGAAAAGAAUGGCCGCAACGCAUUCCGAGAAGAUCGACUCCAGUACGUGUUUCUGCAGUGUGAGAACGGUAACGUCGUCAUUACGCAGGUGGCCAACCUGCUGCUCUGUCUGUACGCCCGGGACAGUGUGGGGCUUGGCAUACUGAAGGAAAAAGCGCAAGCCCUUGCCACCUACCUGGAGGGACCGCUGAAAGAGAUCGCAACAUCGUAGGAGGGCCAAACUUUUGUUAUAUUCAUAUUUAUUAGAGCUUAAUACAUUUGCGUUCACUUAUUGCCGGCACGCUUGUAUAAAAGGA